UUACGAGAAUGGAUGUGGCUGAUGCUUCUGGAACACACGAUGAAUCGACACUUAGAGUCGAUUCCCAGCCCCUUCACAAAGGUUUCUGUUAUUCUGUCAUCAAGCGUCGUGCAGUGAGAACUGGGCUCUCGUGUGGAUAGUGAAACUACAGAAGAAGGAUGAAUCGUGUUGUGGUGCUGUUGGUUUGUCUGGCUUUGAUGACGUGUGCCGUGGGCAGACGAAGUGGUGGUGGUGGCUUUAAAGGGGGUUUCGGCUGGGGCAAAGGCAGCAACACGGGCAGUAAAGGUACCAGCACAGGAACCAGAGGAGGCAGUAACACUAAAGGCUCCCCGUCUGGAGGAACACACGCCAAGCCAGCCAAUUAUCCUCGACAGCCUCAAGUACCUAACCAAAACCCUCCGCCAUAUCCUGGACACGCAGGCUCUAAUCCUGGCAGAGGGGGCGCUGGAGGCAACCCUAAUCAGGGGGGUUAUCCCAAUCAGGGGGGUUAUCCAGGUCAAGGACGCUAUCCAGGUCAAGGAUCAUAUCCAGGUGCGGGUUCAUAUCCUAACAACCCCCCAGGAAGGAGUGGAGGGUACCCGUAUCCUCAAGGAGGGUCUUAUCCUGGAUACCCGGUCAGAGGAGCACAAUAUCCUGGAGGCAGUCCCAACCAGUAUGGUGCGGCAGGAGGAUAUCCUGGAGCAGCGCAGUACCCCUACUGGAACCCCAACAACAAAAUCAUCAGCCCUCGUUAUGGACAUGGUGGUUAUGGAGGAUACGGUGGAGGAGGUUCUCCUUUCGCCCAGUCCGUGCAAAAUAUGGGAAUGAGGCCCUCUUACCAGUCAAAGGGGUUUGGUAAGCAGGCAGUGUUGGCUGCUGGAGUUGGAGCCAUGGCUGGCAUGGCAGUAGGUUAUGGCUUGGGCAGUUUUCCUCGCCCUCACUUCAUGUUUCACAGCCCCCAAGAAGAAUAUUAUUAUAACCACUACAUGUAUCGGCGCUAUGGUACCCAACCUUCUGACACUAACAAAAACCCCAGCUCUGCAGGUACAGGUACAGGGCCAGGUGACUCUGGGACAAGUUCAACUAAUGUCCACAAUAUUUUUCAGAAUCUUCCACCUCAGUCGUAUGACAAGUACAUGGACAAUUGUAUGCAGAGGAAGGAUUUGUUGCCAGACGAGCAGGGCGGAGAUAGGAGAGCUGCUGAAAAAGCAUGGUCAGAACAGGCAGAGGGUAGUGAAAAGGUUCUGAUUGAAGAUGAUCCAAAUAAACGACCAGGUGAGCAGCCAGUUGGGGAAGCAGAGUCUCAGGGUUCAGAUCUCACACCAAGAAGUGAGAACACUGGGGAAGGAAUGAACUCUACCAGUGGCACCGAUAACCCUCUGCCAGUCGCCGCAAAGCUUACUGGCGCUACAGAGCAACCCGCUGGGCCUCGGAAGAAGACAACCGAUGAGGAAGAUGAUGAUACUGUAAGCAUAAUGGAAAUUGGCUAUCCUGCGCUGAUUAAUCAGUUGAAAGCUCGGCGCUGUGUGGAGCUUUAUAUGGUUUACGCUGAGCAACAUGCUGAGAGACAGGUUCAAUUGCAAAGAAAUGAGAACGGUGGUGAAAAUCUCAUGCCACCUAGCCAUGGGCUCAUGCUCAUCUCUCUGCUUAUGAGCUCUCUGUUAUUCUACUGUACCUAGUGAUCUUUUCUGAUUCUAUACACACCUUCUAUAUCGAUGGUACGACAUAACGAGUGAACUACAAGAGAAAAAAAAAAUUCGUGUCUGACGUGCAGACUGUGAGUUGAGAAUAUUACAAUGAUCUGGUGAUAUGUGGUCUUAGUCCUAACUAAUUAUAAAUAUCAAGGAAUCCAUGUUUCUGAAUAAGAAAUUAUCUUUGACCGAAACGUCGUCGUUCUAAAGUCUACGGAUUAACAAAAACUUAGCUGUUCAUGGCUGUUACUAAAGAUAAAACAUUUGUCUACGUGGGUCAUACAGCGACGAUCGUUAUCGUCGUUACGCCGAACGCAGUUAUCACGAUCUCACUGCACCCCUGUCUUCAUCAAAUGACAUCAUUUCUGCACACAAACACAAACAUCCUGUUUUACGUACAUUCGACACGCAUUAUUUAUUUAUACUAUUUAUUUCCUGCUGAUUUUUUUUAGAUCACAUCCACACCCUGGAAACAUGCUGCUUAUUAAACGUUUUCAUAUCUCUAGGUCGGUGAUGCUACCGCUCGUGGCACUGUAGAAAUGACCGUGGGCCUCAUUUUUCAAUCGUACUUGUGCUCCUGAGAGUGUGUAAAUUUACACCAGUCUAAUUAAUAUUUACUUCAAAUUAUAUCGUUUAAAGGAUUGCCGCUCUGCGUAUAUAUGGGUUAUACCGUCGGGUCUGAAAGCAGCUUAGUUUUAACACAUAUCGCAUUCUCAUGCUCAUGUCAUAAACAAAUGGCUUUGUCGACUGAAGGUUACGAUCCUGCUUAUGAGAGAGAAAGUGGUAUUUAUCUAUUUAUUUAUCUAUCUAUCUAUUUAUUUAUUUAUUUUUCCUUAAGGAGGCUAAACCUUUAUAAAUCGCUUCCUCUUUUAACACUGUGUAACACUCCACACUGUGCGUUUGAAGCAGAGACACUUAAACAUUUCAGAUAGCAUUUUUCUUGUGUGACGUUCGGCACGUUUAGUUUUUUUUUCUCCUCUAUUUUCAUUUGACACCAUUAUCUCGUCACGUCACAAUCCUGAGCUAAAUGACUAAAACCUAAUUUUCUGUCAUUUGCCUCUGGAUUUUGACCUUGUCAUGAACUGCCCCUGACCCUCAGGACGCUGCCCCUGACCCUCACGACCCUUCCCCUGACCCUCACGACCCUUCCCCUGACCCUCACGACGCUGCCCCAGUUUUACAUUACAUGAAAUCUAGGCCUCACAAAGCUGCCCCCGACCCUCACGAAGUUGCCCACGACCCUGCCCCCGACCCUCACGACGCUCACCCCGACCCUCACGACCCUCACCCUGACCCUCACCCUCCUGGCGCUGCCCCUGACGCUCACGACGCUGCCGUUCUGCCUUUUCUAAAGCAAUUUAUAGCCAUUUUGUGAUUUCUAUUAUUAUUUUUUUUAUAUAUAUAUAUAGAGUUUUCUGGAUGUCACUGCAUGUGAAUGUGAAUGUCAGGAAGAAUUUUUGCACUUUAUACACACACACACACACGAGCACGAGGAAAAAUAGUUUUUUCCCCGAAGCUUUUGUAAAUCAGGGCUGACUAAUUUACUUUGGUUUAUGCAAACGUCUUCACACGACCUAAUCAAAAGAUUGUUAAACGAGGCUCGGCGUCUUUUUCUAUAGUGGAUUUGUGUUUAGUGGCUUUACUCUUUACUUUGUAAGUAGCUUAGCGAUGGCGUCCGUGACUCGGUACGGCGAAGUAGACGGCGGAAUAUUAAAAUGCAGAGGGUCGGUAAGAUAAACAAAUGUAUGUUUAGUUCACUGCGCUGUUUUUAAGGGUUUUUUAAAUAAAAUAUCGAGACUGAGAAGUUAUUAUCGAUGUGUUUAGUUUUAGUCGUGAUUGAUAUUUAUUCUUUGAAGUGAGACUUUAGUUGAUUUUUUUAGUUCAUUUCACAAUUUAAUUGUACACAUCAGGGUUUAGACAAACAUUCUUUUUGAUGCAUUAUAACAGAUACAGACCAAGACGGAAAUGUCACUGGAUUUUUAUUUUUGUGUGUUUGUGUGUUUAUCUGAAAACUGCACUGACAUAAAUUCAUGUAAAAAUGAAUGUACCUUGUGCUCAUGGAUCAGUAGUGCUUUCAAUUUCUAACCUGUCGAUGUUUCUCUAUCCGUUCAUCUUAAAUUAAACGCUGUUUCACUCUC